UUUUGAGUUGUAGUAACUCAACCCCUCCGGGAGGUGGCAGUAAUGUGUUGGUACGGUAAAUUCAUAGAAGAAGAACUCUUAGGAGAUCUACUUCCGGUUACUGAAGUGUAAAGAGCAGAAGAACUUUACUAACAUCAGCUCACAUGGAGUCACAAGAAGCGCUGCCCGUUAAACCUGCAUCAGCUCCGUCGGGGCCGGUGGUCUGUGAGGUCUGUGGACUGUUCUUUGAGACUCGACGAGGGCUCUCCAGCCACGCUCGCCUCCAUUUACGCCAGCUGGGCGUGACCAUGUCUGAGAGCAGCGGCGCUCCUAUAGAGCUGCUCUACCAGCUCAUCCAGGAGAGAGACGGCUCCCUGUCGGCCUUCAAAGCAGACUCCUCUGGAGCUGGAUCAGUGCCUCCCAAGAAGAAAGCCCGGCGGGAAGCCAAGGCGUCCUCUGUGCCGGAAGAUACCAGUUCAGCCUCCAAGGCAGGAGCCAAAAGCCUGACCGCCCCUCAGAAGGCUGACCAUCAGGGACCUCCAGGCAGGCUGAAGGAGCCAGCUGAGCCUCUGUCUCCUCUGAGGUCGGCUGAAGGCAGCAGCUCCUCUUUUUCAGACCAUCAACCCAUCACCAAGCCUCUGUGGGCGCCGCUGGAGACUGAUGCUCCGAUUACCUUAACUUCAGACACGAGCCACGAGGCCCACGUCUGCCAGCUUUGUGGGUGCUGGUACGAGACACGGCGGGGCCUCUCCAGCCACGCCCGAGCCCAUCUUCGCCAGAUUGGAAUCCCUGACUCCGCUAUAAAGGGGAGCCCUAUUGAGUUCCUCUACAAGAUGAUGGAGGAGGACCCAAAGCACCUGAGCACAGAGCUGCAGCAGGAAGGUGCGUCCUCCCCCAAACGCCCCGCCCACCUGUCGUCUCCGCCCACAGCUCCUGCCAGCAAGCGUCCCAAGACGUCUGCAGACUUCACCUGCGUUCUGUGCGGGGAGCAGUUUGAAAACCGAAAGGGGCUGGGCAGCCACGCGCGCUCCCACCUGCGCCACAUCGGGGUGAGCGACCUGGUGGGGAAAAGCUCUGCCAUCGACACGGUGGAGGAGCUGGUCAGCAGCGGCAUGAUCGAAGUCAUGCGCCCGCUGAAAACCACCGCUGCAAGCAGCUCCCCCACGGCGCCGCCCGCGGCCCCGCCCUCUCCCAUGCUUCCUGCUUCCUCUCCGCCUCCAGGCCAAGCCAAGGCCACGUUUUUGUCCUCAGGUCCCUCCCAGAGUCCAAGGAAGAGCUCCCAGCUGCCCCGGCAUCCCAGUAGCAGAGCUCCAAAGGCCAAGAAAGGUUUUCGGCUGGCAGUGGACCCACUGCUCCGGAAACCGAAGCCUGAGCCUGUGGAGGUGGAGGUGUCUGCUGAAGCCAAGACAUCCAGCUCUGAGGGCAGCUCCUCUGCGCCAGAUUUACCUGCAGCUCCCGCCUCUGCGGCGCCUCUCGACUCAGACCUGCAGUCUCCUCCAACGGUUCUCUGCGACUUCUGCGGUCAGCUGUUCGAGACGCGGAAAGCCCUGUCCUGCCACGUCCGUGCCCACCUGCGCCAGCUCGGCCUCACCUGGUCGAUAAGGACCUCUCCCAUCGACCUCCUCAAAGAGGUCAUGCUGCACGGCGAGGACAGGAAGAGCAAGCGGCCGUGGACUCCGCAGGCCUCCAAAAAGCCCCGGAGGAGCCUGUCAGCAGAGGACGGAGCUUCCACCUCCUGCACAUCCCCUGUGGAUUAUUCCAUGAAAGACAAGUCCCCGUCGGGGAAGGCUGCGGUGCCUCGUAUGGACACCUCCUGUGAGCUCUGCGGGUUUGACUUUGAGAACCGUAAGGCGCUGGCGAGCCAUGCUCGGGCUCACCUGCGACAGCUGGGCAUAUUUGAGUGGAGGGCAGACGGCGCCACCUCGCCCAUAGAGCUCCUCAGUGAAAUCAUCCAAAAAGAUCCUGCCAGGGUGACCGAAAUAACCAAACGCUACCGCUUUGGAGACCUCUACAUCAAAAAGGCCCAGAGAGCCCAGAGAUCUGCUUCCCCCUCCGCAUGCCCGGACUCUGGCGCUGCGGCCGGUGGAAGCAGGAGGACGUUGGUGCAGCAGGAGCUCAAGGCCAGCAGGAAGGACCACAGCAGCAUGAGCGUACACACUCCAAAAGGGGUCCAUCCUCUGAAACACGGAGUGUCGUCGGGGCAGGAUAACCGGAGCUCGCAGCGGCCGCCCCGCUCUGGCAGCAUCCCCGCGCUGCUGCCAAAGCCCCCCCUCACCCCGCUGGUCAAACUGGUUGGGAAGAUGUACUCCCUCAAGUGCAGGUUCUGUGAAGAGGUGUUUCAUGGACCUCUGUCCGUUCAGGAGCAGUGGAUCAGUCACCUGCAGAAACACAUCCUGUCACUGGGCUACAAAAGCACAGAAGCUCCUCCCCCGACACCUGUGACUCCUCCUACUCUUGUUCAUCCUGUCGCCGUCUAGACUUCAUACCAUCGUAGCUUCUGUUGUCUGAUACAAAGAAGGAAGUGAAGCUUUUGAAAUAAAUGCAAAAGCAAGAAAGGAUGUUCCCUGUUUGUCCACAGGAGGGCAGACAUGAGCUGUAAGAGUGUCUACUCAGGAAGAUCUCACCUACUGCUGUUUUUACUGAAACUGCGUCUCAACCAGGUUUUAAAUUGUUCUGUGUGUUAAAGAAACUGCGAGUCAGUUUGGAUGAACUUCUAACAGUCGGUUUUCUUACAACCACAAAAACAUUCUCUGAAAAAUACUUUUUAUACAUUAUUUUUUAACUGGAGUUCCCAUAAAUUCACUCUGUCGAUGAAAUCAUAAAAGUGUUUGUGAUGUUUGUACACAUGUCGCUGUUAUAUGGCCAUGGAUGUCUUCUUUGAUAACUCUGUGCAGCUUUAGCUAAAAUGUUUCCAGUUUAACACCUGCACCACAGCAUGUUCAUUUUCCUUAUUUGAUCAGUAUUUUUAUGAAACAAUAUGAGCUGUUCGUUCUUCUGCCACCCGAUACUAUUCCAACAGAGAUAAAUGGAAACAUUUGUUAAUGAAUUUGGAAAUCUUUCCAUUCAAUGUGUAUUGAACUGAUGUGUAAGUCCAGCUGUUUUCCUCUUUCUCUGACUUAAUGUACCUUUAGAUUAAUCUGAAACGUGUUUAAGUUCUGAUCAGAAAUGAGAACCAUCCUGAAAAAUGUGAUUGUUUUUCACUAGUCCUGAACUUCUGUGGCUCCAAUUAUAUUUAUCCAGGCCUUUUAUUGUACCGUAGACACCAUGUUUUUAUUCAAUGGAAACUUCUUAAAACAGAGAAUUUUGCAAAACA